AUGGAGUGGGACAGCGAGAGUCCGACGGCGGCAGCGCCGGCGGCGCCCGGCGAGGAGGAGGAGGAGGAGCGGGAGGCGAGCAAAAUAUAUAAAACAGAAGAACCUGUUAAGCUAUGGGUAAACAAGGUUGGGCCUUACAAUAAUCCUCAAGAAACUUACAACUAUUACAGUCUCCCAUUUUGUCAACCAUCUGAAAACCCUGCACAUAAAUGGGGUGGUCUCGGAGAGGUCCUUGGUGGAAAUGAGCUGAUUGAUAGUCAGAUCGAUAUAAAGUUCAUAAAGAAUGUGGACAAGGGGGCCAUUUGCACAAUUGAACUUGAUGCUCAAAAGGUUCAGCAAUUUGCUAAUGCCAUUGAAAACUCAUAUUGGUUUGAGCUUUUCAUAGGUUUUGUUGGGGAGACUGACAAAAACAAUGAGAACAAGCACUACCUUUACACUCAUAAGAACAUUGUUAUUAAAUACAAUGUUUUGGUGAGUGGGCAGAAGGUUCAAGAGCUUGGCCUGCAAGUCCUUGCAAGGAUCAGAGGAUAUGCAGAUGCAGCUCAAUGUGUAAAUAGGAACUUAGGUAACCCUGCAAAUCCAAGCUUUGACAUUGAUACUUGA